UCAUAGCCUCGUGAAUGUCUGCAAGUAUUUAUGAGUUGUAAGUUGUAACCACUCCCACAGACUCCACUACAUCCUCUGCGCUACUGCUGCACAACAUCCAGAAUAGCUAGCUAGCCUGAUCGAUCGAGCUUGGGUGCUUGGCAAUGGCCGCAAAGGGAGGUGAGCUGAAGCUGCUGGGCGUGUGGGACAGCCCCUACGUGAACAGGGUGCAGAUCAUGCUCAACCUCAAGGGCAUCAGCUACGAGUACAUCGAGGAGGAUCUCCUCAACAAGAGCAAGCUCCUCCUCAAUUCCAACCCCGUGCACAAGAAAGUUCCCGUGCUCAUCCACGACGGCAAGCCGAUCGCCGAGUCGCAGGUCAUCGUGCAGUACCUCGACGAGGUCUUCUCCGGCACCGGCCCUUCCGUCCUCCCCGCCGACCCGUACAAGCGCGCCACCGCCCGCUUCUGGGCCGCCUUUGUCGACGAUAAGGUGGGUUCUCCGUGGCACACGAUCCUCUUCGCGCGGGAGGCCGAGAAGAAGGCUGACGCGGCGGCGCGGAUCAUCACGGCGCUGGGGACGCUGGAGGGCGCGUUCAAGGACUGCUCCCGUGGGGGUGACUACUUCGGCGGCGACGGCAUCGGGUUCGUGGACGUCGUGCUGGGCAGUUACCUCGGGUGGUUCAAGGUGUUCGAGAAGAUGGUCGGCGUCAGGGUCCUGGACGCGGCGAGGACGCCGCUCCUGGCCGCGUGGGGCGAGCGGUUCGCCGCGGCGGAUGCGGCGAAGGACGUCCUGCCUUCUGACGUUGACAAGGUGAUCGAGUUCCUGCAAACGUUCCUGGAUUAGUAGUUAGUUUGGUGGGUGCUCCUCCGGUGUUGUUGCUGAACGCCGAUUGAAUUGUUGUUGUUUGGUACUUUGGUAUGGUUAUUUUCACUGGGCUAUUAAUGGGCUUUAAGACGUGAUUUGAAUCCACGAUAUAUAUGAUGGAAUAAGAAGGUCUGAUUUGAGCAGGGCUCUAUGAAUAAAUGGAGCCCAUACUUAAUCUA